AAAUUAGGGUUUUAACCCACACAUAUAUAUAUUCGCUUUAAAUACGAAAGCAGCUCUAACGGACGACGCUGCUUCGCUGCUUCACGAACUGAUUUCCUUUUGACGACAAGAAGGAAGAAAAUGCCGAAACAGAUCCAUGAAAUCAAGGAUUUCCUUCUCACAGCAAGAAGGAAGGAUGCCCGUUCUGUCAAGAUCAAGCGAAGCAAAGAUGUGGUGAAGUUCAAGGUUCGCUGCUCCAAGUACCUUUACACACUUUGCGUGUUUGACUCUGAGAAGGCUGACAAGUUGAAGCAGUCUCUUCCCCCUGGUUUGAGUGUCCAAGAACUGUGAAGAAACAGACUCACUUGAGUUUUGGCCUCAUGAGAAGUGAAGGAUCUAAUAUUUAUACCUUUCUUGGUUUUUUCUUCUUUGAAAAAUGUUUUCUUGAUUUUGGUGGUCAGAUAUUUUGAUGCCUGUCAUGAGAAUGUAGACUUGAGUUGUUGGAGAGCUUAAUAGGAAUUCCUUAAUGCUUUGAACUUGA